AUGGCUAGGAGUUCGGGAGGGCGGAGCUGCAUGAUUGAGCAGUUCACAAGUAUGAGACCUAUAUCGUUUUCUGGAGGAGCUGACCCACUUGUGGCUGAGAACUGGGUCCAGGAUAUGGAGGACAUGUUGGCAGUUUUGCUGUGUAUAGAUGAGCUAAAAGUUUCCUUUGCGACAUUUAAGCUGACAGAGGAAGUAAAGCGCUUGUGGAGAUCAACAAGAUUGUUGGAGGAGAAGAGACCGGAACCUAUAGCGGACUCAAAAAUUCAACACUUUCCCGCUACUGUUAAGAAUGCGAAAGCGGCGGAGUUUCUGCAUCUGACGCAGGGACCAAUGACAAUACAGCAGUAUGCGGCGAGAUUUAUUGAGCUGUCUUGGUUUGCUCCGUAUUUGGUAUCUGAUGAGGAGAGGAAGGUGAGGAAAUUUAAGGAAGGUCUGAGAUAUGAGGCAUUGGAGCUCAAUGAUGCUUUGUCUUAUGAAGAAGUGCCAGUACAGAUUUUGAAUCGGAAAGAACAAAAGCUGCGUACGAAAAGCAUACCACUGGUAAAAGUUCUGUGGUGCAACUAUGCAAUAGAGGAAGCUUCUUGGGAAUUAGAGGAGAAGAUGCACCAGAGAUACCCACAGCUGUUCAGUGGGAACCAGGAUUAA